GCCCGGAGGAGCCCGGAGUAGCAGGCUCGGGUGGGAGGAGGCAGGGAACCGGAGGAAGAGGAGGAGGAGGGGGAGGACCCUGGGAGGGAGGCGGCGGGGCGGGAGGAGGAGGGGCGCUGCCGCCGAGCCACUAGCCCCGCUCGGACGCGCUUCUCUCCAGUUACUCCCGGAGCUCCAGCCGCGCGGAUCGCGCGCCCCCGCCGUUCUGCCCCCAAACUUCUGCUGCAGCUCCCUUUCAAGCCACCGAAUUUAUCCCUUAAAAUCAGGAACUGAACCGCAACCCGGGAACGAGUCCGCGGAGGAGUAAAACCACAGUAGAGCAAGAAGAGCUCCAGGGAGCAGCCUCCCCGGAGCCCCAACUCCGCGCCGGGAGUGCAGAAACCAACAAGUGAGAAGGCGCUGAGUCCCCCGGGCGCAGCCGCGGGCGGCGGGAGCAGGCCCGGGAGGAGGAAGCCGGCGCCCCCGAGCCCCUACCCGAGCCCUCCAGCCGGAGCCGCAGUCUCUGCAGUCGAUUACCCCGCGCGGAAUUCCUCUGCGCGAGCUGCGCCGAGCGCUAGGCAAGGAGGCUUCGUUUCAUCCUGGUUGCAGGCAAACGGCGUUUGGGAGCAGCCGAUCCCUGGGGAAUAUGCGGCGCGCGUGGAUCUUGCUCACCUUGGGCUUGGUGGCCUGCGUGUCGGCGGAGUCGAGAGCAGAGCUGACGUCUGAUAAAGACAUGUACCUUGACAACAGCUCCAUUGAAGAGGCUUCGGGAGUGUAUCCUAUUGAUGAUGAUGACUAUGCUUCCGCAUCUGGCUCAGGAGCUGAUGAGGAUAUAGAGCGUCCAGAGCUGACAACAUCUAGACCAGUUCCAAAGAUACCGUUCACUAGUGCUGCUCCGAACGUGGAAACUGUAACACUGAAUAUACAGAACAAGAUACCUGCUCAGACGAAGUCACCUGAAGAAAUUGAUAAGGACAAAGUUCACCUCCCUGACUCAGAAAGGAAAAAGGACCCAUCUGAAGAGGAAACAAAUGUGUAUACUGAGAAACACUCAGACAAUCUGUUUAAACGAACAGAAGUGCUAGCAGCUGUCAUUGCUGGCGGAGUUAUUGGCUUUCUCUUUGCAAUUUUCCUUAUCCUGCUGUUGGUGUACCGUAUGAGGAAGAAGGAUGAAGGGAGCUAUGACCUUGGAGAACGCAAACCAUCCAGUGCUGCUUAUCAGAAGGCGCCUACUAAGGAGUUCUAUGCGUAAAACUCUGACUUAGUGUCUCUAUUUAUGAGAUCACUGAACUUUUCAAAAUAAAGCUUUUGCGUAGAAUAAUGAAGAUCUUUGUUUUUUGUUUUUUUGUUUUUUUCAUUAAGGAGCCAUUCUGGCACUUUAAUGAUAAAAAUCCCAUUGUAUUUAAAACUUUCCAUGUAUUUCUUUAGAACAACAUAAAAUUACAAUUUAACAUCUGCAGUGUUCUGUGAAUAGCAGUGGCAAAAUAUUGUGUUACAAAAACCCUUGAUGUUCAUGGAAUUGGUUUAAACUUUUAUGCGCAAAUACGAAAUGAUUGUUUUUAUCCGAUGGUUUGAAGGUGAAAGCUGUUUCAUUUGUGUCAGCAUGUCUCUGAUUGACCUCACCAAGUUGGUUUUACUUUGUUAAUUUAUCUGUUCUCUCCCUCUUCUCUGCCCUCCCCUCUUGUGCCCUUAAAAACAAAACCAAACCCUAUGCCUUUUGUAGCUGUCAUGGUGCAAUUUGUCUUUGGGAUAAUUCAGAUAAUGGUAAUUUAGUGUAUAUGUGAUUUUCAAAUAUGUAAACUUUAACCUCCACUUUGUAUAAGUUUUUAAGUGUCAGACUAUCCAUUUUACACUUGCUUUAUUUUUCAUUACCUGUAGCUUUGGGCAGAUUUGCAACAGCAAAUUAAUGUGUAAAAUUGGAUUAUUACUACAAAACUGUUUAGACAUAUCUAUGUGAUCAGAUCUUCUUUUGGGAGGAUUUGAUGUGAGUUAUUGAUAAGCCUCAGCAAACCCAAAGAUGCUAACAGUAUUCUAAGAAGUUGCUGCAGAUUCCUUUGGCCACUGUAUUUGUUAAUUUCUUGCGAUUCGAAGGUACGAGUAGGGGUUUAAGGAAAAGUCAGUUUUUGUUCUUAAAAAUGCAUUUAAGUUGUAAACGUCUUUUUAAGCCUUUGAAGUGCCUAUGAUUAUAUGUAUCUUGUCGCAGACUGGUGUUAAUGAGUAUAUAUAACAGUUUAAAAAAGUUGGUAUUUUAUAAGCACAGACAAUUCUAAUGGUAACUUUUGUAGUCUUAUGAAUAGACAUAAAUUGUAAUUUGGGAACAUAAAAACUACUGAAUAAAUCAUGUGGCCUAAUAUUGAAAA